UUCCAGGUGGUCACAGCUCCUGUACUUGACAAUUCCGGUCACAUAGCUCCUAAAGUGUGUGUAUGUGCUGUGAUUUCCUCUCUUGGGGUGCGACAAUUUUGGUCAAUUUUCUUCCAAGUGGUGAAGUCGGUGUGGAACUACGAGAAAAAUACCCAACUUAAUCCAAUGAUUUAAGAAUAAAAAAAAGCCCUACUCUUGUCACAUCUUCCAUUUCAUUUACUUCAAUUUGCCCCCAAAAAAUGCUUUAGGCCAGGAUCAGUGAGGAGCCAAAGGGGAAUGCUUGAGGGUGAUAAAGAAUCCGCCGAGGGUGGAUGAGAGUUCUGGGGUUAGAAGAAAGCAGGGUGUUCAGAACGCUCUGAUGGGCGGAUUUCAAUGGAGGGUGAGAGGAUAGAGAAAAAUCGCAAGAAUGGCAAAGAGAGGAUAUCGAAGCAGAAGAAAAUUUGCAAGUGUCGUCUCAAGUGCAAAAAUUGUGGUCAGGAAUAUGAGGGAAGUGAGAGUGAAGAUGGCAAGAAGGAUGACGGAGAUGGACGUCUAGCACAUGGAUGCACUAAAUUAAUGUAUGCAUGUCAGCAAGGAUUGACUGGAUCAAUUGUGAAGGAGCUGAGGAGUAAGCCUGGGGCAGUACAUAAGAGAGAUAGGAGCAACAAAAGUGCCUUACAUUACUGCAGUGGACAACGUGAUUUAGUGGCAGCUGCCAGUGUUGCAAUGGCUGCACCUGAGCUCAUUGAAUCCGCCGAUGAGGAUGGAUUCACGCCACUGCACCUGGCCGUGAUACAGGGAAACCUUAGUUUGGUGAAUCUCCUGCUGGCCAACAAGGCGGAUGUCAAUGCCCUCGAUGGGGAGGGACAUUCUGUUGUCCAUUGGGCCAUUGUCUGUGGAGAGAUCGAGGCUCUGAGGGCUGUUCUUGCGGCUGGUGCAGACGUUUCCACGCCCGAUAUUAACGGUGGAAGUCCCCUGCAUUAUGCUGCCCAGAUGUGUGGGACAAAUUUUGAAGGCAAAACCGGACAAACGUCCUCCAAACUCGCCCUGGACAUUCUCAAUAUCCUCCUACAUCACCCCAAGUCUUCUGUUGAUUUAAUGGAUAAAGAUGGAAGACAGCCCUUACUCUGGGCAGCCUCAGCUGGUUCAGAGAAGGCUGUCCUUGCCCUGAUUAAAGCUGGUGCCAGGAUCGAAAGCUGUGAUAAGGAUGGUCUCACUGCCCUCCAUUGUGCUGCCUCAAGGGGUCAUACUGAGUGCAUUGAUGCACUUAUCAGCCUUUGUGGAGCUCCAACGGAUCUUAUUGACUCUAAUGGAUGCACAGCCCUACAUUAUGCUGUGACCCUUGGUCAUGCAGAUGCUACUGCUCUGCUGCUGGACCUUGAUGCUGAUCCCAAUCGGCAGGAUAGGAAGGGACGAACCCCAGCUCACUGUGGCUGUGCCAAGGGUCAAUUCGAGACAGUGAAGAUGCUUGGGGCUCGGAAUGCUAAUCUCUGGCUGCGCAAUGCCCGUGGAGAUCUUCCUGUUCACGAAGCUGCUCUCUCAGGACGCCGGGAACUGAUACACUGGCUGCUAGAGCAGCAGCCAAAGCAUAUCAACACGACCAGCAAUGACGGAAGGACACUUCUCCACAUUGCAGCUAGUAAUGACACCACGGAUAACUGCAAAAUGCUGUUGGAUUUCGGAGCGGAUGUUAAUAGUAUUUAUCGCACUUCACGGAAUGUCGUCAUGACACCGUUAGAUUGUGCCUUGCAGAAGGGAUAUCGCUCUACGGCAAAAUUCUUACAGCUGCACGGUGGAUUGCCAGCCAGCAAAUUGCACUUAUCCGGGAGAAAAGUGAAUGCCCUGAAUGAUCAACAGCUCGUGACACCAUUGAAAUUCACUGACAAGGUGCCAUCUGCAGAUAAUUCUGUUCCGUCCAAGGAGAAUAUCCAGGAUAAACACUCCAAGCAUUACGUGGUGUACGUGAAACAGUCAGAAUCUGAUGAGUCAGGCCAGAGGGAGAGUACCAGCAAGGGGGUGAAGAAGCGUCGAAGUAGCCCUGAGUGUUCCCACCACAAGAGGCAGAGGUACAAGAGGCGCACCAGCAGCUGCAGUGACACGUUUAGAGUGGCAGAGAAGGAUGAAGAUAUGGGAAGGUCAAAAAGUAAUCUAGAAAUUCGACGACGAAGGAAGUCCAGAGAGAAGUCAUAUUCCACCUCGGAAGACAGUGAUUCAGAUGGGAGUGGGUCGAGUGAUGAGAGCUUCCAUGGGUACAAGAAGCGUCGGUCACGGAGACACUGCAAGAAGUACAACGUAUCCAUACGGAACAAAUCACCCACCAAGCAACAUGACAAGAAGCACAAAUCACCCAAGAUGCUCAAAAAGGCAUCCAGUGAUGUUCCAGAUGAUGCAGAUGGGCAAAAAGAUACAGAAGCUGCUGUCAAGGAGGCAGAAAUUGCCGAUCAAGCUGAAUCAAAGGCAGAAGCUGAUGGGAUGAAGGAAAAGCCGGGGAGUCGACCAGGAACAGCGGCAUCCGAUACUGAAAAGAAACGUCCUCAAUCUGCACGGGUGACUUCAGCUCAGCGGCGCCAGAAGGCCAAGGAGCAAUCUAUGAAACAACUUGAGGCCACGGCUGAGGUUCAUGAGGAGCCCAGUGAGGAGGAGAGGCGGAUGGGAGGUGAGCCGGAGGGUGCCACAAGACAAGAUAAGGGUCAGGGUGAAGAGGGAGAGAUGAGCAUGGUGAAGACGGAAGUGGCGGAGAGUGCUGGCGCCAGGCAACAAAUAACAACACAAGCUGAGAUUCACACAAAGGAUGGCGGUCAGGAGGAAAAUGUGCUGUUGGAUGUCAAAGAGCGGAACGCAGAUGAUGAAGAUGCUCAAAGUGACAUCACUUUCACGCUCGAUAGAACUGACAAGGCGGAAGAUGAACGUCAAAUGGGAAAUGACAUGGGGGAGAUUUCCACGGAACAGGGAAAAAAGGAUGUACCCACCGAAGAGCCAAAGACUCAAACGGAGGCGGACGUGAAUAAAGCUGGAGAUCAACAGGCCGAGAGCAAGGGUGAUGAAACAAGAAGUUUCGCCGUGAUUGACGUGGCAUCGUCUAAGGAUGAGGAUAAAGGGGUUCGUGGGAGUUUCACGGUGCUCCAAAAAACCGAUUCCAAAGCUGACCUAAUUAGACCGUCGAGCUUUAAGGUACUCGACGAAGCUGCCCUGCAGGCAGGAGCGGGCUAUCCCUAUACCUCAGAUGAGGAACAAAUCAAAGGUGCUACGGUGAGGGAUGAUAGUGCAUCAAAGAUGGACAAUGGACGACGGAAGAAGCUGAAGAAGAGACUGAAGAACAGCAAAGAUUCCACCCUGGACAAAUCGGAUGAUGAAAGUGCAGCCCGGAAGCAGCAACAGGCGCGAGAUCAAGAUUCUGGUUUUGAGCCCAGUCCACGAGUGGGCAGAACCAAAAUUCCCACUCCACGUGGCGUGACCCGAAAAGAAGCCGCGUUUACCACCCUCGACGGCAGUGGAAAAUUCCGGCCAGAGGGAAGGAAACUGGGGGAUCAGAAUGCCGUCAACAUGACGACAGUUACGGCCAGCAUCCAGAGGAACAUUCGCAGGUACUACAUGGAAAGGAAAAUAUUUCAACAUUUGCUGGAGCUCAAGAGUCUGCAAAUAAGAUCGAGUAAAGUAAAUGAAGCGAUUCUUGUCAAACGUGCUGUUGAUGAUUAUCAUAAAUCCGUUGAUGCUUUGGGUUAUGAAACGGGAGCAACACUAAAACGAUAUCCACACAAGGAGUAUACUUUCAAGAACUUUGAAGUGUUCCUAUAUGAAACACUCAAGAGCAUACAGAAGACUGGAACGUACAACUUUCAGAAUAUCUCCGAAGUUUACAGAGAAGCGGAGAGACGACUCAGUCCUGACUACAAUCAAUAUGAGAAAGCUCUUCAGUGUACAACGAAAACCCAUCGAUGUCUCCAUGCAGCUCAUGCUUACACGGGAAUUCCUUGUGCGGCUUACAUUCCCAUGAUGAAUCAUCAUACAAUGCCAAAGCUGGGAUUUGGUGCAUACAAACAGACUGGAGUCGGGAGCUUUUACUUACCUAAAAUACUAACAUCGGGACUGCCAAAGUGCGGCAGUAAAGUAUCCCUGGAGUUAUCACAUGGUGGCAAUAAGCAAUUAAUACCACUGCCAUCCGAUAAAUUAGACAGCAAUAAGCGCUACUAUGUGACUUUUACGGUGAAGGGAAACGAUGGCGUCAACCAGCAAAGUGCUGACACUGAGCACAAUUCCGAUAAAAUUUAAUGAGUAUGCCAUUAGUACAUAAACCCUAAAAUAAUAUGGUAUCCCCAAUAUAAAUAUAUAUAUGUCUAUUUUUCUUCCUAAAAAUGAAAGAACAAAACGAAAUAUUUUUCUCCCUCAUCACAUGUGAGUUAUUUUAGAUGAAAACGAACAAAUAUAUAUUAUGUAAUUUUCAGUGUAAAUGUUGUGCAAAAAAAAACAAAGAAACUUCCACGACGGAGAAUAUUGAAGAAUCUAUUUUAGAAAAAUAAAAAGAAAAAUUAUUGCAGAAAAA